UGCUGUUUUAUUUAUUUUUUUACUUUCUUUCAAAAACAUUUUUUUUUUUUUUUACAUAUGGCUCUAAUACCCUUCCGUAGUUUCCAUAUCUGAAAAGUCACAGAAAAGAACAAGUGGGACAGUCCUCGCAGUGUGAUUGGUCACUGCAGAGCUUCGUCGUCAUCUUUUGCAGCGUUUUGAUUGGUCGAGCCGGUGUGGUUUAUUGAACCCGGAAGAAGUGUUAACCUUGAGGAAGCAAAACACAUGUGCUACAGAGUUAAGUAAGAGACUCUCCGGUCGCUUUAAAAUGAAAAUAUUUACAUUGGUAGACUUCAUGUGAGCCUCGCCUGUUGUCCAACGAUGAGGCUCCCGUUUCUUGUUGCCACCAGAAGCAUCGGUGCUGUUCACCGCCUGCGACAGAGCCCGUUGCUUCCCUCUCCUCUCUCGGCUCUGUCGAGACUGCAGAGGUUCGCUGCUGUGAGCAGUCAGUGCAAAGAUGAGAGGAGCUACUACAUCACGACCCCCAUCUUCUACGUCAACGCUUCUCCUCACCUGGGACACCUGUAUUCAGCUGUGAUAGCGGACUGCUUUCACCGGUUUAAGCUGCUUCAGGGAUUCAACUCAAAGUUUGCAACAGGCACAGAUGAACACGGCUUGAAAAUCCAACAAGCCGCUGAAGCUGCGGGAAAAGAUCCCCUGACCUUCUGCACCGACGUGUCGCAGCGAUUCAAACAUCUGUUCGACAGCUGCGACGUUUCGUACACGGACUACAUACGAACCCCGGAGCAGAGACAUCGUCGGGCUGUGGAGCAUUUCUGGUCGGUGCUCUGGAACAACGGACUCAUCUGCAGGGGACAUUAUGAAGGCUGGUACUCGACACAGGACGAAAGUUUCCUCACGCCGUUGCAGGUGGGCGACGCAGUGGACUCGUCGGGGACGCCGAUCAAGGUGUCGCUGGAGAGUGGACACAAGGUGGAGUGGAUGAAAGAAGAGAACUACGUGUUCCGUCUGUCUGCGUUUCGGUCUCAGCUUCUCAACUGGCUCAGAGGAAAUCCCCGCGUAAUACAGCCUGAAUGUUUCUACCAGGUUGUCCUCCAGUGGCUACAGCAGGACCUCCCCGACCUCUCCGUGUCCCGUCAGAGAAGCCGCCUUCAGUGGGGCAUCUCUGUCCCCAACGAUCCCGAGCAGACCAUCUAUGUGUGGCUGGAUGCUCUGGUGAACUACCUCACUGUGGCUGGAUAUCCAGACACUCACGACCAGUGGUGGAAAGUGGUCCACCACAUUGUUGGAAAGGAUAUCUUAAAAUUUCACGCCAUCUACUGGCCAGCUUUCCUCCUGGGUGCUGGACUACCGCUGCCUCAGACAAUAUACGUGCACUCACACUGGACAGCAGAAGGAAAGAAGAUGUCGAAAAGUGUGGGUAAUGUCGUGGAUCCUCUCCAACGCUCGCAGAUGUUCACGACUGACGGUAUGAGGUACUUUCUUCUGCGUCAAGGUGUUCCAGACUCGGACUGUGAUUACACUGAUCACAAAGUAACUAAGCUGCUCAACGCAGAGCUGUGCGACUCUCUGGGUGGUCUGCUUAACCGCUGCACAGCUCCAGGUCUUAACCCAGCUCAGGUUUACCCAGCUUUCUGUCCUCAGUCCUUCUCAAGAGAGCGGGGAGGCAGAACGGUGUUUGAAGACCACCACAUGUUGGACGCUGUAAAAAAUCUCCCUGCUGUGGUAGAGCGGCACUACGAGAACAUGCAUCUAUACAAAGCUCUGGAGGCCAUUGCUGCCUGUGUGAGGCAAACCAAUGCCUUUGUUCAACGCCAUGCACCCUGGAAGCUGGACAGGGAGGACAGUAAAGACAAGCGCUGGCUGGACACCAUCAUCCACGUCUCCUUUGAAUGCCUGAGGAUUUAUGGGAUCCUCCUGCAGCCAGUGGUACCAGGGAUUUCUAACAAACUCCUGUCCAGACUUGGAGUGCAACCAGACGAAAGGAACUGGGCAGCACUGAAUUUCCUGCCACGGCAUCAGGGAAUCGACUGUCCCCUUGAAGGGAGACCACUAGGAUCUGAAUCUGGAGUACUUUUUAGUCGACUGGAAAGUCAAAAUCAAAAACCUAACAAAGCAAAAAAAGGCCUACAAAAAUUAACUAAGGCGUGAUUUUAUGUGUAUUUCUUUGGACUGAUUAAACCAGUAAGAAAUAAAAGUCCUGUGUCUCUUAUAUCUCUAUUCUUACAUAAUGUAUUGACUUAAUCUUCUAAAGGUUGUGAGGUGUUCUUAUCACUGUGCUUCUGUAAAUUCUUCCCCUAUUUUAAAUUGAUUUGCUGUUGGUCACAAUAGAAAAUACUGGAAGCCUCGUCUUACCUUGUUAGUGGAAUUAAUCGAGGACACCUUUUGCCACUUUACAUCACGUUUGGUUGUUCCUUCCAUUCAACUAGAGAACACAACGUUUUGAUCCGGUGUGGAUCCUCCUCAGUGGCCAUCAAGUGUGGUUUAUCGCCCUGACAAAAACUUUUUUUUUUUAGAAUCUUAAAUUAACAAAAAAUUUAUACUUUUACCAAAAUAUGUUACAAACAUAAAUGUUUUUCAAAUUAUAAGAAACAACACCUAUGCAACAGCAAUAUUAUGUCAGAAUAUAUAAACGUUUAUGAACUAAAUCAGACAAUAGAUCAAAUUAAAUGUUCAGACUUAGGUAAAACAUUUUUACCUGUUGAUCUUUAAUUUUUUUUUUUUCUGUCAGAUCAUAUCUGUAAAAAUCAAUCUCACCGGAGGAAGAUUCACAUCAGAUCAGCACGUUGUGUCCUCUAACACAGUAGUGUGCGUGCUCUACGUCCUUUUGUACUUUGUGCUCCGUCUGCCCUGCAGCUUCAAAAGAAAAGGGGACGUGCUCAUAAAAUUCCACCAUCGCUGAGGACACAACCUCGUCUCAGUGGGACACAACUACACAGGCAGCAAACACAAGUACAAGACAUAAAAAAACUGACAGGAUUUUUUAAUGAGAAAUACACGAAACUGAAAAAAUUGUACAAAUUGAAAUAAAAUUAAAAAAAAUUGCA